GUGGUUCGUACGGGGUUGAGUGAAUAAUUCUGAAUAAGUUCUAGAAUAUAUAAAUGCAGAUAUUCAACCAGUUUAUUUUGAGACUUAUUACCUAAAAAUAGCAAUUACAAUCUGUUGAAAGAUUGACUGGCUGGAACAUAUGGCGAUUCUGCGAACUGGGACUUAGAGAUAAUAUGAGCCAAAAAUUAAAUGGUGACUGAUUUCAAAUGAGCCUAAAGCUUUGUCCAAUUCAGAUAGAACAAUGAUAGAGAUACAGUAUGUUCUGCCAUCUUUGAUUUUAGUGACGGUGCUUCUAAAAAUUGAAACAGCUUAUAUAUGUGUUUACGAGAAUAUCAGUGCCUAUAUGUCACCUGAAUAUGGUGCAAUGAGGGUUGAUAUAAUCAACAAGACUGUGUGCAACGUAGAUUUGAAUAUAACACAAGCCGUUAGAAACCCUAAAAUUCGCUUGUCUAUAUAUGAACUAAUCGGGAAAAGGAUCACUUGGAAAGUAAUAGACGUUGCUUAUAAAACAUGUGACCUAGCCCGUUUAGCAAGAAGCAAUGCAAUAAUGAACGCUGCAACGGCCCUUGUACGAAAAUACACGAAUCUUUCACUGGUCUGUCCCCUGCCUGCUGGAAAAUAUGUUAUACGAAAUAUGAAGGUCUCAAAUGAUUUAAUUCCAUUACGACUAUUCUAUAAACCGAACAACGUGAUGGUUCUUGACUGUCACUUCACAGCGGAAAAGUUGACUGGUAAGACAGUAUUUUUCGCAAACGCAACUGCAAAAGCUAAAAUCUUAAAAACAAAAAAAAUUAAACAAUUCAUCCAGCCCUAG